CAGUUGCAGACCUAUUAUUUCGAUAACAUUCUCUCAGUGGUUUGUGGAGAAAGUAAACAAUAUUAUGAGCCAAAAGACACUAUUGCCACAAUCAUUGUCUUUUGCUGUGGCUCGCGGAUGUUCAUGCAUUUUCGUUGAUUUGGGCUCAAUGAAUUUAUAUUGGAAUCUGAUACUGUCCAAUCUGCUGUGUACUCAGUUGUAGGUGAAGAUGUAGCUGUUACGUGAAAAUUUUGACUUGGGUUCAGGAUUUCAUAAGCUAUUGUUUAUCUUACGUUCUUGCAAUGUGUAAUUUCAUAUACAAUCCAAAGAUAUUCCAUGCUAAUGCCCGAUGUGAAGCCAAACAGGCCAGAAUUAUAUUUAUGUACACCAGUAAAAGUUGAUUAUACAAAACCCUACUAUAUUGUCGGCUUUGAACCGAAAGCAACAAUGAACACAGCCCAUCAUAUGUUGCUUUAUGGUUGCGAGAAACCAGGCUCUGAUAGACCAGUCUGGAAUUGCGGCGAAAUGGCACAAAACGAAAAUUCUGUUGAAGAAACUGCAAGUCCUUGUAGUGAAGGCUCUCAAAUAAUUUAUGCUUGGGCAAUGGAUGCUCCAAAAUUAGAGUUACCGCAAGAUGUUGGAUUUAAAGUAGGUAAAAACUCAACAAUCAAAUAUUUGGUUUUACAGGUUCAUUAUGCACAUAUAGAUAAAUUUAAAGACGGCAGCACUGAUGAUUCAGGAAUUUUCUUACAUUACACAUCUAAGCCUAUGACUAAAUUAGCCGGAGUUUUAUUGCUGGGAACAGGGGGUGCCAUAGGCCCCAUGACCACUGAACAUUUUGAGACGAUAUGUACUAUUAAUGAAGAUAAAAUCAUUCAUCCAUUUGCUUAUAGAACACACACACAUAGCUUGGGCAAAGUAGUAUCUGGUUACAAAGUUAGAACAAAUGAAAGUGGUUUGGAUGAGUGGACAGAGCUAGGUAAAAGAAAUCCAUUGACUCCACAGAUGUUUUAUCCAGUUUUUAACAAUGAAACAAUUAAUCGAGGCGAUAAGUUAGCUGCAAGAUGCACUAUGACGAGUCUCCGGACUACGUGGACUCAUGUCGGAAGUACAAAUGCAGAUGAAAUGUGCAAUUUUUACUUAAUGUACUGGUCAGAGAAUGAUGAACCUCUGGAUAUGAAAUAUUGUUUUACUGCAGGGCCACCGUACUUUUAUUGGUCCCGAUCUCAAUCAGGUUUGAAUAACAUUCCUGAUGUUAAAGCUAGUUUACUUUCAUAAAUGUGAGUUUUUACUUUUAUAUUUUUAACCAGUUAACUGAACACCAGUUUAUGCAAAAAGUAACAU